GUUUGUAUGAUAUGUCGAAGUAGAAUUAUUCAUUUACGAUGGAUAACAUGACUUUGACUGUGAUUUUUCUGAUUCUUGGCGUUUACGCCAGUAGCAGUACGGGAAGUAAUCUUACAAAUAUAAUCAAUAACCAAUGCCUUGAAGCCAAUGUAGUUUGCCCUGCCGUCGAUGGACCUGACUCAGUAUAUGGAGCUUUACCUGAUUGCACUAAAUUCUGCCAAUGUUCGAAUGGAGUACCAAUCUUACAUACGUGUCCACAAGGACUUCACUUUAAUCCACUACUAAAUGUUUGCGAUUGGCCAUCAAACGCUGGUUGUACCGGAAGAACUACUCAAUCAACGACAACUACCACAACAACAGCUAAAAGUUCAACUCCCAAGGUGACUACAACAGAAAGAACUACAACUCCGAAAAUUGAAACCACUACUCCAAAUAUUUGUGUACAAGCGGGCAUAACUUGUCCUGCUGUCGAUGGACCUGAUUCUGUGUAUGGAGCUUUACCAGAUUGCACCAAGUUCUGCCAAUGUUCGAAUGGAGCACCAUACGUACAUACGUGUCCAGCAGGACUUCACUUCAAUCCAAUUCUAAAUGUUUGCGACUGGCCAUCAAACGCUGGUUGUACUGGAGGAACUACUCAAUCAACGACAACUCAAAGUACUACCACAACAACUAAAAGUUCAACUCCCAAGGUGACUACAACAGAAAGAACUACAACAAAAAGAACUACAACUCCAAAAACCGAAACCACUACCCCAAAUAUUUGUGUACAAGCGGGCAUAAUUUGCCCUGCCAUCGAUGGACCUGAUUCUGUGUAUGGAGCUUUACCAGAUUGCACCAAGUUCUGCCAGUGUUCAAAUGGAGCACCGUACGUACAUACGUGUCCAUCAGGACUUCACUUUAAUCCAAUUCUGAAUGUUUGCGACUGGCCAUCAAACGCUGGUUGUACUGGAGGAACUACUCAAUCAACGACAACUCAAAGUACUACCACAACAACUAAAAGUUCGACUCCCAAGGUGACUACAACAGAAAGAACUACAACUCCAAAAACCGAAACCACUACUCCAAAUAUUUGUGUACAAGCGGGCAUAAUUUGCCCUGCCGUCGAUGGACCUGAUUCUGUGUAUGGAGCUUUACCAGAUUGCACCAAGUUCUGCCAAUGUUCAAAUGGAGCACCAUACGUACAUACGUGUCCAUCAGGACUUCACUUUAAUCCAAUUCUAAAUGUAUGCGACUGGCCAUCAAAUGCUGGUUGUACUGGAGGAACUACUCAAUCAACGACAACUCAAAGAACUACAACAACAGCUAAAAGUUCAACUCCUAAGGUGACUACAACAGAAGGAACUACAACAGAAAGAACUACAACUCCAAAAACCGAAACCACUACUCCAAAUAUUUGUGUACAAGCGGGCAUAAUUUGCCCUGCCGUCGAUGGACCUGAUUCUGUGUAUGGAGCUUUACCAGAUUGCACCAAGUUCUGCCAGUGUUCAAAUGGGGCACCGUACGUACAUACGUGUCCAUCAGGACUUCACUUUAAUCCAAUUCUGAAUGUUUGCGACUGGCCAUCAAACGCUGGUUGUACUGGAGGAACUACUCAAUCAACGACAACUCAAAGUACUACCACAACAACUAAAAGUUCGACUCCCAAGGUGACUACAACAGAAAGAACUACAACUCCAAAAACCGAAACCACUACUCCAAAUAUUUGUGUACAAGCGGGCAUAAUUUGCCCUGCCGUCGAUGGACCUGAUUCUGUGUAUGGAGCUUUACCAGAUUGCACCAAGUUCUGCCAAUGUUCAAAUGGAGCACCAUACGUACAUACGUGUCCAUCAGGACUUCACUUUAAUCCAAUUCUAAAUGUAUGCGACUGGCCAUCAAAUGCUGGUUGUACUGGAGGAACUACUCAAUCAACGACAACUCAAAGAACUACAACAACAGCUAAAAGUUCAACUCCUAAGGUGACUACAACAGAAGGAACUACAACAGAAAGAACUACAACUCCAAAAACCGAAACCACUACUCCAAAUAUUUGUGUACAAGCGGGCAUAAUUUGCCCUGCCGUCGAUGGACCUGAUUCUGUGUAUGGAGCUUUACCAGAUUGCACCAAGUUCUGCCAAUGUUCGAAUGGAGCACCAUACGUACAUACGUGUCCAUCAGGACUUCACUUUAAUCCAAUUCUAAAUGUAUGCGACUGGCCAUCAAAUGCUGGUUGUACUGGAGGAACUACUCAAUCAACGACAACUCAAAGAACUACAACAACAGCUAAAAGUUCAACUCCUAAGGUGACUACAACAGAAGGAACUACAACAGAAAGAACUACAACUCCAAAAACCGAAACCACUACUCCAAAUAUUUGUGUACAAGCGGGCAUAUCUUGUCCUGCUGUCGAUGGACCUGAUUCUGUGUACGGAGCUUUACCUGAUUGCACCAAGUUUUGUCAAUGUUCGAAUGGAGUACCAAUCCUACAUACUUGUCCAUCAGGACUUCACUUUAAUCCAGUUCUAAAUGUUUGCGAUUGGCCAUCAAACGCUGGUUGUACUGGAGGAACUACUCAAUCAACAACUAAAAGUACUACCACAACAACAGCUAAAAGUACUACCACAACAGCAGCUAAAAGUUCAACUCCCAAGGUGACUACAACAGAAAGUACUACAACUCAAAAUACUGAAACCAGUACUGCAAAUAUUUGUAUAAAUUCAAACAUAACUUGUCCUUCUGUCGAUGGGCCUGAUUCUGUGUAUGGAGCUCUGCCAGAUUGUACCAGUUUUUGCCAAUGUUCGAAUGGGGUUCCAAUCGUACAUACGUGUCCAUCAGGACUUCACUUUAAUCCAAUUCUAAAUGUUUGCGAUUGGCCAUCAAACGCUGGUUGUACUGGAGGAACUACUCAAUCAACGACAACUCAAAGUACUACCACAACAACAGCUAAAAGUUCAACUCCCAAGGUGACUACAACAGAAAGAACUACAACUCAAGAUACCGAAACCACUACCGCAAACCUUUGUGUACAAGCGGGUAUAAUUUGCCCUGCCGUCGAUGGACCUGAUUCUGUGUACGGAGCUUUACCUGAUUGCACUAAGUUCUGCCAGUGUUCGAAUGGAGUAGCAUACGUCCAUAAAUGUACAACAGGACUUCACUUUAAUCCAAUUCUAAAUGUUUGUGAUUGGCCAUCAAACGCUGGUUGCACUGGAGGAACUACUCAAUCAACAACAACACAAAGUACUACCACAACAACAACUCAAAAUGAAACUACUUCCACUGAAGCAUCUACUGACAUUGAAGAGAGUACAACAGAAAAUAGUACUACUGAAAAUGAAAAUAGUGACGAAUGCUCAAACGGAGAAGGAAGUGGAGAUACUACUACAGACAUGUGUCAAGUUAGUACUACUGAACCAAAUAUUAGCGAUGAGACAACUGAAAAUAAUCAGGAUAGUACUACUGAGGAUAAUAUUGUUGAUGACACAACAGAAAAUAGUCAAACAACUACGGAUGCAUCCAUUCCCUGCUCUACUAUUACAGUUACUGAAACAAUUAUCACAACGACAGUCAUAAGUGGUACCGAAUAUUGUUUGCAAAAUAAUGUAGCUUGUCCUGCUGCCGAUGGUCCUGACUCAGUUUAUGGAACUUUACCGGACUGUACCAAAUUUUGUCAAUGCUCGAGCGGAAAACCGUAUUUACAUAGUUGCCCGGAUGGUCUUCAUUUCAAUUCAGUCUCAAACGUAUGCGAAAUUCCUGAAAUAGCAGGCUGUGCCAGUCAAAGUGUAACCAAUCCUACAGAUUCUAACGUAGUAAUAGAAAUCGCUACAGAAUGUAGCGGUGAGUCAAGUACUACUGAUCAAGAAUCUACUACUGAAGAUAGUACUACUGAAGAUAGCACAACUGAAGAUAGCACUACUGAAGAUAGCACUACUGAAGAUAGCACUACUGAACAUAGCACAACUGAAGAUAGCUCUACUGAAGAUAGCACUACUGAAGAUAGCACUACUGAAGAUAGCAGUACUGAAGAUACCACUACUGAAGAUAGCACUACUGAAGAUAGCACCACUGAAGAUAGUACUACUGAAGAAAGUACUACCACAACAACAGCUAAAAGUUCAACUCCCAAGGUGACUACAACAGAAAGAACUACAACUCCAAAAGCCGAAACCACUACUCCAAAUAUUUGUGUACAAGCGGGCAUAAUUUGCCCUGCUGUCGACGGACCUGACUCGGUGUAUGGAGCUUUACCUGAUUGCACCAAGUUCUGCCAAUGUUCGAAUGGAGUACCAAUCGUACAUAAGUGUCCAGCAGAACUUCACUUUAAUCCACUUCUAAAUGUAUGCGAUUGGCCAUCAAACGCUGGUUGUACUGGAGGAACUACUCAAUCAACGACAACACAAAGUACUACCACAACAACAACAACUCAAAAUAAUACUUCUACUACUACUGUAACAACUACUUCCACUGAAGCAUCUACUGACGUUGAAGAAAGUACAACAGAAAAUAGUACUACUGAAAGAUCAACUCCCAAUGUGACUACAAUAGAAAGUGCUACCACAACAAUAAUACAUGAAAGUUCAACUCCAAAUGUAGAAAGUACUACAACUCAAAAUAAUGAAACCACUCCAAAUCUUUGUGUACAAGCGGACAUAAAGUGUCCAGCUAUAGAUCCUGAAUUCCCCGUAUUUACUGGUUUGCCAGACUGCACUAAAUAUUGUAAGUGUUCAAAUGGAACCCCAUACUUGUUCAACUGUCCAGCUAACUUGCAUUUUAACCCGGAAAAGAAUGUUUGUGACUGGCCGGAAGACGCAGGUUGCGCAUCAAAUUAACACUAUUUCUAAAAUAAUUAUUUAUAUUUAAUACAUUCACCAAAAAUAUAUUAUUUUUAAAGUUUAA